AUGGUUCAAAGAAAUAUUUUUCAGUUCACUCCACCACUUGAUUUGACUUUGGAUCUGCUACAAGCCCGAAGCAUGGAGCUUCGAUCCCGGGAGGAAAAACUUCAAAUAGAAAUUGUCCUUUCAUCAGAGCACGCGACCUACUACGGGAUGGAAUUUAUUUCUCUCAUUGUCGGAGAUACUGAGAGAGGUUCGCGAUUUGCCCGCCACUCAUUUAUUUAUUUCAGUCGAUGUAACAAAGCGAGGAGGCCAGCUAUAUUCAGACAGCUGCACAGCUCUGAAAUAUCUUUCAUAAAAUGGCUCUAUGAUACCGCUCGAGGUCCGUUGUAUUGA